AUGAAAUACCUUCUCAUUUCUCUCACACUUACGACAUGUGUCAAUGCCACAAUCCCUUUUCUCGGCCCUCGUCAGUCCUUGUGCGAUGAAGGCGAUGAAGUCUGCGCCAAUGGCUGCAUUCCAAACUCCUAUAGUUGCUGCCUCCCUGCUGCUGCCAGUGGAUGCGAACCUGGAACUGCCAAUGACAGAUCUAGUAACACCGACAACGAAGCUUCAGACCAGUACACCGACUAUGGUAAUACCGAAAGUACUGGUGCAUAUGAUGCAGGUGCCUGUAGCCUAAUCGACGGCACUGUCGGCUAUCUCAUGGUUGGCGCUAUGGCUCUGCUACUCUGA